CAUUAACUGGGGAUCGAGCUCGUGGUUGCCAGCCAAUCCCAUGGCUGCAGUCCUCGGCUCUCAGACUGCACAAGCAAUGUCGUGUGAACUUUACUAAAGGCGUCGGCCCAGAAAUCCACACUCUUCCACCUACCAUGUAUGCAAAUGCACGUGUCUCUCAAGCCUGCGCGCGGUGCAGAAAACAGAAGCUGAAGUGCGAUACGUUGAGGCCCUGUUUGUUGUGUGUGCGCGCUGGUGUCGAAUGUGAAGCCCGGCUCAUCCCUCCCAAGGCGAGAAGUGAUCGAGCGUCUCCGGCUCGUCGGCGACGGACCACAGCCCAAGCUAGCCGUACAGGAACACAUCAAGCCAGUUCAUUGUUAUCAUCGACGUCGACGACUGUACCGCCGUUCCCACAAUCUGGUACCAGUCCGAAUGCACAGGCUGCACAUGGCCAGCAUCAGUCUCCCCGUGGGGAAGGCCCAGAUGCCCCAGAUCAAAGUCCUAAUGAGAGCCAGCAGUUUGGGGCAAAUACCUCCGUGAUUGGCUUUGCGAAAAAUGUUUUCAGACAUAACGACCUGGCCUCACCGAGUAUUACGUCUACGAUUCCAGGUGAUCCAGGCGUCUUCCGGCGUUCAGGUUCAAGAUGGACUCUCCAUAACAUGAUCAUGCCUCCGCCAACAGUAAUGCAUAUCCUGUUGGAGGCAUAUUUUGACCGUGUCCAUUGGUUUAUCUAUCUGUUCCACCAACCCAGCUUCAUGACACGGGCUGACGCUUUACUGAGCAGCCCCUCGUGGACCCGGCAAGACAUGCCUGCCAUCAUGGCAAUGCUCAUGGCGUCAGCAAUGGCGCUUAAAUGCGUUCUCAAUGACCCAGAAUGGACAGGGCAUUCUGUCUUGACGACUUACGCUCUGGACGCAAGAUCACUCCUCAAUGAUUUUAUUGGCGAGAUACGCAACCAUCUCAUUGAUCUACUGGACGAUUCACAGAUCGAAACAGUGCAAGUAUGCAUACUCCUAGGCACCUACUAUAUCUACCAUGGCUCUCCCAGUCUGGCAUGGAGCAUUCUAGGCAUGGCAGUGAGAACUGCAUACGCCUUAGCAUUGCACUGUGAGGACACAGAAGAUCAUCCACAAAUCGCCUUGCAGGUCCGGCAUCGGACUUGGAAUCAUGUUACCGUGGCAGAUACAUUCUCUGCCAUGAUAUAUGGACGUCCAGCGGGUUUGGACGCAGCAUUUGCACAAUCUCAACCACUCAGUGAAAUGGAUGAUACCAUGGUUACUCUUGCAGGUGCCACUACGGACGAGCCGCGUAAUCUUUCCUCAACAUUGUCUCGCCUGCCUUUCCACAUCCUCAAAUAUCGACUGUACACUAUUACUCGAAGAGCCUUGGACACGUUCCGCCUCCUGCGAUUGAGGGAUCCACUUUCCUCAGAGGAUCAACAAGCACUGAUCAGUGCGGUCGCACACAUCGAAUCAUUGCUUGCGGCAUGGCAGAAAGAAGUCCCGGCACAUCUUUCAUGGGAUGACUGGCAGAAUGUCGAUCCCGAUGGUCCUUUUCCUGCAAAACUACAAGACCUAAAUCACGUAGAGGAAGGGCAGGCCAAAACCUUCUAUCUCCAAGCGAUGGUAUUACAAGUGACCUAUGACAGCACACUGAUUUUGAUUCACCGACCGUUGCUCGAACACAAAAUGGCUGCAGGAGGUACGUUAGCAUCAAGCCAGAAUUUCGUUUCGAGGUCAUUGGAGGUAGCCGUUGAUGCUGCCCUAAGAAUCUCGCGGGUCCCAAUGCCUAAAUUCAAUCAUCAUCUGAGUCUCUCCUUCGCCUUCAUGCAUUUCUUUACUGCCGGGGUGAUUCUUUGCAUUCCCCCUGCAAGACAACCGUUCAGCUCCCUUGCACAGGAGGCCAAGGCUGGGAUUAGGCGCAUUAUUCUGGCUUGUAGAGAUCUCGGAAGUAGUAGCCAGAUAGCACGACAUAUUGAUCAGCUACUAACGGCUCUUCUACGGAUCACUGUGAUACGAGAGAUGGAAAAUGCUUUGCAGAAUCAAGGAGCAAGUGUUUCCACGGAGGCACAGUCUAGUACUGCCACCGCUGCUUUCAAUGGCGAUGAUGUGUCAGGUCAAGUGGUCGACAAUCGGCCUUCUCUGAAUGAACAAGCCAACUUGUAUCCUAACCAGUCAUACUCGACGCCAAUGCCAUCAGGGCUCACAUCUUCAUUACCAACAAAUAUGACCGGGGAUGGGGAUGUCCAGUUUUCUUUCGACCUGAGCGGGGUGCAUCACACGGCUGGCAUCGAGUUUGACACCCAACUAGAUGAAGCGUUUGGCACUUUUGGGCAAAGUAUGCUCCCCUUGAUUAUUCCUGGCCUUGUACCAGGGGAUGUUUUAAUGCUGAAGCAAGGAUACGUGCUAAUUUUCAUUCUAGUGAUGUUCAAUGUCCAGCCAGAUGACCCCUACACACCAUGGAAUUGGGGCAGCCGAUCACGCUAA